AUGUCUGCUAUCUCAGUCUCAAACAUCAGUAAUUCCAAAUUUGUUCUCACUGGCUUCCCUGGCCUAGAAGGAUAUUAUUUAUGGUUUUCCAUUCCUUUCUCCAUCAUCUAUGCCAUGGUGUUCCUGGGAAACUGCAUGAUACUUCAUGUCAUCCGAACUGAGCCGAGCCUCCAUGAGCCCAUGUUUUAUUUCCUGGCUAUGCUGGCCCUCACCGAUUUUUGUGUAGGAUUAUCCACUGUCCACACAGUGCUGGGUGUACUAUGGGGGUUGAUUCAAGAGAUCAGCCUGGACUCCUGCAUUGCUCAGUCCUACUUCAUCCAUGGUCUGUCCUUCAUGGAGUCUUCUGUCCUCCUAGCUAUGUCCUUUGACCGCUACAUUGCCAUUUGCAACCCUCUACGCUACUCCUCUAUCUUAACAAAUGAAAAAAUCCUGAAAAUUGGGGUCACAAUCUUAUGCAGGAGUUCUUUACUCAUUCCUCCAGUCAUCAUCCGCUUGAGGUUCUUAAAUUAUUGUCGUCCUCAUAUUCUUUCUCACUCUUUCUGCUUGCACCAAGAUUUAAUCCGAAUGGCCUGUUCAGACAUCCGCUUCAAUAACAUUUAUGGUCUGGCUUUAGUGAUCAGCAACCUUUUGUUGGAUGCAGUGCUCAUCCUAAUCUCCUACAUCAUGAUCUUACACACAGUUUUAGCCAUUGCAUCCUGGGAGGAGAGAAUCAAGUCUUUGCAAACUUGUGUGUCUCACAUCUGUGCUGUUCUGGUUUUCUACAUCCCCAUCAUUGGUCUGACUAUGGUGCACCGCUUUGGAAGGCACCUCUCCCCACUGGUUCAAGUCCUCAUGGGCAACGUCUAUAUCCUUUUCCCUCCCUUGAUGAACCCCAUCAUUUAUAGCAUCAAGACCCAACAGAUACGAAGGAGAGUGAAGAGACUCUUUUACUCGAAAGGAACUUAA